UACAAAAACAAGAGCUAUAAUGGAGGAGUUUUUUGAGAAACUAAAAAAGAAGCUCUCUGUUGACAACAUUCUUGAUCUUAUGAAAGAUGGAAAACUUAAGGAAGAUAUAAAACAAACUUUAACGGGUACAAUGAAUUUAAGUGAAAAACCCAAACAAGAAGAGAUAAGGUCCGCGGAUAUAUCUAAGAAUAUGUUGGAUCCCAAAAAUCAAAUCACUGUGGAAAACAUUCAACACAAAACAAAUGAAGAUCAAAGUAAGCAAACUAAAGAUGAACCUAAAGAAACAUCUGACGAUAAAAGUGGAUCUCCAAAUCAUUUUAAUGUUCUACAGAAGCCUAAUGUUCAGCCUGAAGUGGAAAAAGAUACAUCAAACACAAAUUAAGAUAUCA